CCUUAAUCAAUUGAGUGCGUGCCACUAUCGAGUCUUCUGCUAUGGUGGACCACAGCCUAGGAUGGUUUAGCACAAUGAAGGUGCUCACCGUAGCACUGCUUCUAGUCACCCUGCAGUAUUCCCAUGCCCUGAGUCCCGCCAGCUGUGAUGCUUCCGAGCCUUCGGCUGAGAAAGUUCUAGAUCUGAUCAAUAAAGGGAGGAGGAACGGCUAUGCUUUCCAGUUGCUGCGAGUCUCAGACGCUCACUUGGACACAGUGCGAAAUGCCACCAUCUACUACUUUGUCCUAGACGUGAAAGAAUCUGACUGUUGGGUCCUAUCCACAAAAUCCGAGAAUGACUGUCUGGAAGCUUCACGGCAAACUGAAAUCGUGAUUGGACAGUGUAAGGUCAUAGCUACAAGAUACUCUAACGAGUCUCAAGGCUUUAGAGUGAACAACUAUAACUGCACCACGAGCUCUGUCUCUCCAGCCCUGAGCAACAUGCUUUGCGAGAUAUUGUAUAAUAGGAGGGGAAAGACCAAUUACUAUGUGGACUUCUCUAUGCAGAACUGUUCUACACAGCAUUUCCACAGAAGGCCGCCAGUCUUUGGAUUCUGCAGAGCAGUUUUGUCCUACAACAUAGAUGCCACCAACCUGGAAACCCCAGAAAACAUUGACAUAAACUGUGAAGUCUUCGACUUUGAGCAGGCUAGAAACACGAGUGACAUAAAACCCCACUGGGGCCGUGAGCAUUCUCCUUUUGGCAAACACCCACGUGGUCCUCAUGGUCAUGAGCAUCAUGGACCUCCUCCUCACGGACACCCUCCACAUGGACCCCCUCCUCAUGGACCCCCUCCACAUGGACACCCUCCACAUGGACCCCCUCCACAUGGACCCCCUCCUCCCGGACACGAUUUCCAUGACUAUGGACCCUGUGAUCCACCCUCCAAUGAUCAAGAACACAACGGGCCACCGCAUCAUGGGGGCCAUGGUCCACCACACCAUCGGGGCCAUGGUCCACCACACCAUCGGGGCCAUGGUCCACCACACCAUCGGGGCCAUGGUCCACCACACCAUCGGGGCCAUGGUCCACCACAUGGCCACUUCGGGAAAAGGGGUAAAGGGUUCCCUCCUUUCCACCAUCCACAAGUCGGAAGUAUCUACCGACUCCCUCCACUAAAUGCAGGUGAAGUUCUGGCUAUGCCUGAAGCCAAUUUCCCCAGCAACUCAAGGUCGAAUUGCAAGAACCCCCUACAACCAGAGAUCCAACCCUUCCCCGAGGUAGCCUCAGAGUUAUGUCCAGGGAAAUUCAAGAGUGAAUUUCCACAAAUUUCUAAGUUUUUUGCAAAUAUGCCUCCAAAAUAAAACCUGAUAUCUUGGUGUGGGGGAAAGAGACAAGUUCUGAAUAAAUAAAAAUGUGAACGGUAA